GGGGGGAGGGGGUGGUGUCACACACACACACAGACACAAUCCACUAUCGGCAGGCGACAGGGAUCUCGUCAAGCUGCCUGGGCAUGUCUUGCCGAGGAAAGGAAAGAAAGGGAAAAAAAACCACUUAACGCGGUAGCGCCGCGAUGGCGCGUCGCCCUGUCUGGGUCCCCCACCACCAUCACGGCGUCGAGUGUGGGUGUGGGUGGGCGGACGGACUUGUGCUCCUUUUUUUCCCUUGGGGUUUUGGUCGAGAUGUGCCUGCUUCCCCCCCUUGCCCCGCCUCCUGCCGCAAUGCCCAGGCAACCAUUGCCCCGGCAGCCAUUUCAGGAGGCACGAAUACAAUACAAUACAGGGAAAAUAAAAUAAGACACCAAUAUGUGGAUGAGCCGAGUUCCGUUUUCCUCCUCGUGGGCGUAUAUGGAUGCGUUACGGGGCUGCAGACUUCCUGUAUUAGACUGGCUGGCUGGAAAUAGAGAGGAUGAGCGAGCUCAGUGGCGCCUGAACCCAGUCCUGCCUACCUACUACCUACCUACCUACCUACCUUGUGCUUCUAAUUAGCUCCAGCUCCAGUUUUGA